AUGGCCCAAGCAGACAUUGCUUUGAUCGGACUGGCCGUGAUGGGGCAGAACUUGAUCCUCAACAUGAACGACCACGGCUUCGUGGUGUGCGCUUUCAACAGGACAGUUUCCAAAGUAGACGACUUCCUGGCGAAAGAAGCCAAGGGCACUAAAGUGAUCGGGGCUCAUUCCUUAGAAGAAAUGGUCUCCAAGCUGAAGAAGCCCCGCCGGAUCAUCCUGCUGGUGAAGGCCGGAAGUGCUGUGGACGAUUUCAUCAACAAAUUGGUGCCAUUGCUGAGUGCCGGAGACAUCAUUAUUGACGGAGGGAAUUCUGAGUACAGGGAUACCACGAGGCGUUGCAAGGACCUAAAAGAGAAGGGAAUCUUGUUUGUCGGGAGCGGGGUUAGCGGUGGAGAAGAAGGUGCCCGGUAUGGCCCCUCACUCAUGCCAGGGGGUGCCAAAGAGGCCUGGCCUCACAUCAAGACGAUAUUUCAGAGCAUCGCAGCCAAAGUGGGAACUGGGGAGCCUUGCUGUGAUUGGGUGGGGGACGAGGGUGCUGGACAUUUUGUGAAGAUGGUGCAUAACGGGAUUGAGUAUGGAGACAUGCAGUUGAUCUGUGAGGCUUAUCACCUGAUGAAAGAUGUGUUGGGUAUGGACCAUGACGAGAUGGCCAAGGUGUUUGAGGACUGGAAUAAGACAGAAUUGGACUCUUUCCUAAUUGAAAUCACCGCCAACAUCUUGAAGUACUGUGAUGCUGACGGCAAACAUUUGCUUCCCAAAAUCAGGGACAGUGCCGGCCAGAAGGGCACAGGGAAAUGGACUGCCAUUUCUGCCUUGGAGUAUGGUAUCCCUGUCACUUUGAUCGGGGAAGCGGUCUUUGCCCGAUGUCUGUCUUCUCUCAAGGACGAAAGGGAGCAGGCCAGCAAGCUGCUCAGCGGACCCAAAGUCACUCAGUUUAGCGGUGAUAAAGCUACCUUUCUGGAGGACAUCCGCAAAGCCCUCUAUGCUUCGAAGAUUAUUUCCUAUACACAGGGCUUCAUGCUGCUGAGGCAGGCGGCCGAAGAGUUUGGCUGGACGCUGAAUUACGGAGCCAUUGCCCUCAUGUGGAGGGGAGGCUGUAUCAUCAGAAGUGUUUUCCUGGGGAAGAUCAAGGAAGCGUUUGACCGCAAUCCUGACCUCCAAAACCUAUUGUUGGACAACUUUUUUAAGAACGCAGUGGAGAAAUCUCAGGAAUCCUGGCGACGUGCCAUCUGCACAGGUGUCCAGACUGGCAUCCCCAUGCCAUGUUUCACCACUGCACUUUCAUUCUAUGAUGGGUACAGGCAUGGUACUCUGCCAGCUAACCUGAUUCAGGCUCAGCGGGAUUAUUUUGGUGCCCACACCUAUGAACUGUUGUCACAGCCGGGCAAGUUCAUCCACACUAACUGGACCGGGCAUGGGGGCACGGUGUCCUCUUCAUCAUACAAUGCCUAGCAGGAACACUGAAGUGAAAAAUACUGUAGACUCAAGACAUUCCUUUUGCUGGCUAGUCUAUUCCUUCGGCAC